AUGCGUUCUCUCAUCAUCAUCGGGCUCGCGGCACUUGCCGGUAUGACCGCGUCUGCCGAACUGCAAGGCCUCGAUGUCGACAGGAUACAUUACAGAAGAGCCCUACAGCCACCGGCGGCAAUGCCCGCCCCGAGACUACUGCGCAGAGCCGGCCUGACGCCGCCAGCGUCGGCACUAGUGAUCCCUGGAACAUCGCCGCAUGUCGAGCCGCCAGUCACGAUCCCUCCAAAAACAAGGAAGCCGGAGAUACAGAUUCCUGAUAUAGACUCUGACGCCUUCACUUCUUCCGGCGUGGUCAACGCAGUGGGCUUUGAGGUAUUUGCUCUGGCUGCGGCUGUUGGAGCGUACCUGCUUUGA